AUGUCCUUUAAACUGCCGCUUGACCUCCAGAACGAUUAUGUCAACCCUUAUAAUAGGACUUCUCCAACAAGGAGCACUCCCAGAUCACCUAGAAGCCCGUUGAUCAACGAUAGCCCAGUGAUUCCAAAGUAUAAGAUGUUGCCGCAGAUGACCAAGAAGUCGCUGUACAAUAUGAAAUUGGUCGUUGUGGGUGACGGUGGAUGUGGUAAAACAUGUCUUUUGGUGAGUUACGCCCAGAACAAGUUCCCCGAGAUCUAUGUGCCAACAAUCUUUGAAAACUAUGUGACAAGCGUCCAGGCGCCUAACGGGAAGACUAUAGAGUUGGCGCUUUGGGAUACGGCGGGCCAGGAAGAGUACGAUCGGUUGAGACCGUUGUCUUACCCUGAUUCAGACAUUAUCGUGAUUUGCUUUGCUGUGGAUAAUUUGGUGUCUUUGCAGAAUAUCAAGGAUACGUGGUUUCCGGAAGUGAACCAUUUUUGCCCUGGCGUGCCGGUUUUGCUUGUGGGAACCAAGUCGGAUUUGGCCCAGGACAUGGACCCAGAUAUGCCACUUCAAUUGGCCCACGAGAUCAACGCCAUAGGGUACAUUCUGUGCUCUGCCAAGUCCAUGUUCAACAUUCAAGAAGUGUUCAAUUUCGCUCUUAACCAUUUCCAGAAGAGCAAGGAGAUGGAAGAGCAGGUGGAGAAGUCCAGAAACAGACUCAGCAGGGUUAUGGGCGGCAGCCACCUGCGAAACCACCUGAGAGGCAACCUGAGAGGUGGAAAUGGCCACUCACGUACGGGAAGCAACAAGAGUGCCAAGCACGGCCAUUUUCCACACGCGUCGGUGGGCCUGAGUGUCCUUUUGGACCUGCCGUUGGUGGAGGACGACUACCAGCGGAACCCAUACCAGCUGAGCCCUAAUCCCCAGUCCAAGUAUAACGAGGACGAACUUGCAUUUGCGAGAAGGAAGAAGAACAGCAGCCGGAAGUGUACGAUUUUGUAA